UCUUUCUCUCAUAUAAUCAAACAUUAAAGUCCCCAACCGGUAAUAAACAUUGAUCACGCACUUGCUCAACAUGGCUGCGACACGCAUAGCUUCCUCCUUAUUUUCUUCUUCAAUCAACACUACUGUCAAAAAUUGCUUCGCUUCAAAAACCAUAAUAGACCCUCCUCUCAUAGCAAUAUCCUCCAAUCGCAAGUUAUCAUCACUGACCCAGUGCUAUUAUUUUGUGGAACCUUUGUCAUUAAUUGGUGUUACUAAGUUAUGGACGCCUAAAACUUCAGCAGCUGUUGUUGUUUCACAAGAAGAAAUUGCUUUGUCUGAUGAUGCGGGCUUAGUUGAAGAGGAAAAAGAAAGGCAAGUAUUGGAAGAACAGCAACAAGAUGAUUCUACUGAGUCCUCUAUCAACACUAAGCUUUACUUUGGAAAUUUGCCGUACAGUGUUGACUUAAAUCUUUUGUUUGAUGUGAUGCAUUCCAGAAAUUCCAUAAUGUUAAUAAUCUUAUAUAUAUAUUUACAGGUUCUCUAUGACAGGGACACUGGAAAAAGCAGAGGCUUUGCAUUUGUGACAAUGAGUUGCAUUGAAGAUUGCAAUGCAGUAAUACAAAAUCUUGACGGAAAAGAAUUCUUGGGCCGAACUUUACGGGUAAACUUCGCUGACAAGCCAAAACCAAAAGAACCAUUGUACCCUGAAACUGAGCAUAAGCUAUUUGUUGGAAAUCUGUCAUGGUCAGUAACUUCUGAGAGCCUUACAGAAGCGUUUCAAGAAUAUGGAACUGUGGUUGGAGCUAGGGUCUUGUAUGAUGGCGAAACAGGAAGGUCACGCGGCUAUGGCUUCGUUUGCUAUUCGACAAAGGCAGAAAUGGAAGCUGCCCUUACAUCUCUGAAUGAUGUGGAACUAGAGGGACGGGCAAUGCGUGUAAGUGUGGCGCAAGGUAAGCGUUCGCAAGGUUAAUAGCGCUAAAACUUGGACAUGGUGUCAGUUGAAUAAGAAGGGGAACCUUGAAACUUAUGAAGAGGAAUGCUUUUUGUCUUGUCUACGUAUCAUUUCCUCCCGUUUCCAAAAAUUCUACUAUGCAACAAUAUUUUGUGUAACAUAAUGUUAACAUUGAUUUUAUGUUAUUUCUUUCUUGGCCGACUACUAUUUAUUCAUUGAAUCACAUCAUCUAUUCGAUGUAACAA